GGGGCCGGCGGGAGGCCGCGCUCAUCUCUGCGGCCGGGCCGGGCAGGGGAGCAGCCGCCGAGGCACCAGGUACUUUCAUCCACCACAAUGGGGGAACCUCAGCAAGUGAGUGCUCUCCCUCCACCUCCAAUGCAGUAUAUAAAGGAAUAUACAGAUGAAAAUAUUCGGAAAGGUCUAGCCCCUAAGCCUCCACCACCUGUGAAAGACAGCUACAUGAUGUUUGGUAACCAAUUCCAGUGUGAUGAUCUCAUUAUUCGACCCUUGGAAAGCCAAGGCAUUGAACGAUUGCAUCCCAUGCAGUUUGACCACAAGAAGGAACUAAGGAAACUCAAUAUGUCUAUCCUGAUAAACUUUUUGGACCUCUUGGAUAUCUUGAUAAGGAGCCCAGGCAGUAUAAAACGGGAGGAGAAACUGGAAGACUUAAAACUGCUUUUUGUCCAUGUCCAUCAUCUUAUAAAUGAAUAUCGACCCCACCAAGCCAGGGAGACGCUAAGGGUUAUGAUGGAGGUGCAGAAACGCCAGCGUUUGGAGACUGCUGAGAGAUUUCAGAAGCAUUUAGAGCGAGUUGUAGAAAUGAUCCAGAACUGCCUGGCCUCCUUACCUGACGAUUUGCCUCAUUCAGAGGGAGGGAUGAGGUUAAAAACUGAGCCCAUGGAAAUUGAUGACCGCAACAGUUGUAUUGGACAGAAUGAACAGCAGAGAGAGAGCGCUGGCUGCAAGAAAGAUCAGGUUUUAGACAAAGAUGCUGCUAUGUGUAGCAUUAUUGAUGAAAUGACAUGAAAAGACACUUUUGUAAUUGUAUAAAGUUCUUGGAGGAAAGAAGUGGACUUGAUGCUAGAGGUCAUAUGGUGUGGGGUUUUUUGAUUUAUUUUUCUUCUGCUUUUGGUGUCUAUGUAAAUAAACAAUCACGGAAUUUAGUGUAUAUAAAAUAACCCAGAAGUCUUAUUUUUGUAGUCCUAGGUAAGGAUUUUGCAGGUGACCAAACAAACAGAAGCAUUGCUUGAUAUUUUGUAGAUGCAAUUUGUAUGGUGUGCUGUUCAGAACAGAAAAGAAUAAGUCUUAUACUAUUUUGUUGAAACAAGUGCAUCACGUCAGUUGAAGUAAGCUUUAUUCCGUGGCUUUAUUAUAUUUUCAAUCACUCAUUUGCUGGUUUUAUAGAUGCACUUAUUUUAUGAAUUUCCAUGAAAUAUGGGAUUGAGAAAAGAUCAGUCUCUGCAGGGAAUCUGGAGUUGACAAUUUCAAAUAAGUUAAAGGUACCUUGUAAAAAUGUUAUGGUAAAUAACUAUAAAACUAUAUUCUGGUGUAAAAGAUGGGUUUAUUAUUAUUACUGUCAAUGUUGGUAGGUCAAAAUUUAAUUCUCUCCUUUUUAGUUUUGUAAAGUCAAUAUAAUUUUCUAAAAGAAUGCUCACUUUAGUGGCUUAAAAAUUUAGUUUUGGUAGCCUGACACUCAUAAGAAACUCUACAAUAAACUCUGUGCAGGAGACAGUCCUGGUAACAAAAUAGAUUUAAAUUUUCCAAGGACUAAUGAGCAGUAAUUCCUUUAAAACAGGAGAUACCUAGAUACUCCUUUAAACAUAACAAGGAAUAUUCUUUAAAUGCUAACUCUUUAUUAAAUGUGUACAUUCACUGAAAAUACCUGAAGUGAGAGCACUCGCCACUUCCCUCUUAGCCAGGAUCAAGCCACAGAAUCAAGCCCCGUGUAAAGACAGGAGGAUUUAACCAAUAUUUUUUUAGUAUUCAUUAUUUUCAUCUUGAGAGCACUAACAAAUUAAUCCCAGCAAAAAUUCCAUUUUGUACAAAGACUUUACAGCCAGUUUUGAAUGAAACCCAAUCUAAUUCCUUUCAGUGACUGAGAGGUGAGUCAGGCCCUCGUACAGUACAAUUGUUCAACAACAAAAAAAACCUUUUUGUGCACCUAUUUUUCAGAAUGUUGCAGCCUCCCCUUAUCCUUCUCACAUGCUAGAUUCCGUGUGUGCACUAGUAUAUAUCCAUGACUUUUUUUUUUUUUUCUUCCCCCUUGAUCCUUUUAGAAACAUCAUAGACUUUCAGGGAGUAAUGUCAGUGCAAUAUCCAUGCCCUUUGAAAUGAAACAUCAUUGAGUACUAUUUCCCAACUGAAACUAGAGAAGCAUACAUGUUACUCCUACCCACUUAUCCUCUAAUAACAUGCAGGCAGGAAAAACAGGAAGGUUUUAAAAUCAAAACUUACCUUUGCAAACAGAUGAAAAGACUUUUCAGACUUCAAAACCCCUUGAGACUUGUCUCUGAUUAAAUGCUUUGUUUUUAAAAAUUUCACCCACUGUAUCGUGGGCUUAAUGACGGAUUCAAGUCAUUUCAAUGGCGUUGUACAUAAUAUAUUUUUUGGUGCAAAUUCUAGUGGAUGCAAAAACUUCCUAGGUUGACACUGUUGUAAAAUGAAGACCUUCAACCAUGAUCCUCCUCCCAUUGGAGUCAAUGAGAAAUGUUGACACUAAGUUCAGUAGGAGAAGGAUCACACACUUCAAUCACAAAAGUACACUGCUAGCAGUGAUGAAGUGCCUCAAUGGCUGUAGUGAGUUGAGGCCCAUGCCCACCUCUGUUGCCUCUGCCAGUAGAGUCCCCAGUCACCAUGGCGAUCUUUAUCUUGUGGACGGUUACUGAAAUUAAACAAUGCUUUUAAUAAGUUUGUAGCAGGUAGUGUUGAAAUAAAGGUCAUUCAACUGACGAGUCUAUUAACCUCUGCUUUCUGUAUAAAAUGAAUAUCUGGGUAAGCUCUUUAUUUAGUUCUUAACCCUGAUUAGAGAGGUCUGGAAGAAUGACUAGAUCCUGAACUUUGACACUUAAGGUUCAAAACCAAAUGGCGUAGGUCUCAUCAUACUUGCUCAUUUAUUAAAGUGCCCAAUACCUCUUUUGGGUUUCAAAGGUUGUCUGUGCUUAGUGGUUUCAAGGAAGCUGUAAAUAACAAUUUUGCACUACUCUAACUCCUUAGCUAAGAAAACGUUAAGAUGGGUGGUUCAGAAAUAUGUUUUGUUAAUUUAAAUCUGUGGUCAAGAUUUAAUUUAAUUCUAAGAAAUCUAGUACACAGUCAUGUAACAUGAUUACUGAAAUUUUUGAGGGAUAAAAAGUGAUGUGUGUAAUUUUAAGAUCAUACAAUAAAGUGUCUCAUCUAGUAACAGACAUUUUAUAUAGUCACUACUGACCCUUUAAGGAGAGAUUAGAAGAAAGCAGCAUUUCCCAUCCAGAUUCCACCAGAAGAAUGAAAAAAGUAAACCUUGGGCCAGCUUUACAAAGGUAUUCAGGUGCAUAAAGAUCCAGACAGGCAGCUAGUAGGAAUUUCAAAAGCACCUCCUAAGCAGGAUACGUGUUUAAGUCCUAUCGAAAAACCUUUCAAACUCUGGCCACCUAGCCACAUUUGGCUGUACAAAAUGAAACAAUUGAGCAAUAACUGAAAACUACUGUUCUUAUCUGAGGUCAAGAUGGCUUUCAGCUUAUGCUGUGUAAUUUAACCUUUUUAAUGAUGUGCCUUCUAAGGUGCUAAUUGGAAACAUUUGCAGUUACUCUAUUUGAGUCCUAAUGUUUCUAAAAAUAUAACACCACUCCUAGGAUCACAUAAUACGCUAUCAGAUCUUUAUAUGGGCAUCAAACAUUAUUGAUGGUUAGGGUCAACAGAUUUAUGGGAUGGUUUGCAUUGUUUACUGCCCCCUGCCCAUUCUUGAUAAAUACCUUUUAAAGUCUUGGGCUCAAACACAUUUAAAAAUGCAUUCUGGAAAUACUGCAUUCCUUGUACCCUGUUGAAGGGAAAGAUGCACUGGUCCUGUGAAGUUGUCCAGUAGGCCAGUCACCUUACCCAUUACUUGAGUGUUUGUUUAAUAACAUACUGCAUCUCCCUUUAGGCUACAGCAGUUUAGCAGGUGGAAUUUUCCAAUAUUUUUUGGUGACCUAUAGACCUACCUGGAUGAUUGGUCACAGUAUUUUUGCAGCAGAUUAUUAAUCUAUGUUCCACCACAUGGAAGUAGCCAAAAUUAUAUUUGAUCAAAAAAUUAAUAAUUUGAGGUAUGUUUUGGGGUAAUUUAAAUGAUAAAAACUAGGGAAUCGAUUAAUAAAUACUGAUUUUUCUCCUUAGAACUCUCUAGCCCUGUCUCCUUUUCCUCUUCCAUUCUGCAGUACAUAUUAGGAUAAUCACUUUUUUGAUAUCUAUGCAAUGCAGCUAAGCAAAAGGGGGAAAUGGGCAGAGAACUAUCAAAAAUAUUCUGCCAUUGUUUUGGAGCCAGUGCCGGUCUCCUUCAUAUGAUUUGAUGUAGUGUAGUUAUGUUUUCCUGUGAAUUCAGUUUCCUUUUUAUUUGUCAAUAUUCAGGGCCUUACUGGGAUUGGUUGUUAGGAGGAGAAAAUGAUAGGUAUUUCUAUGGUGAAUCCCUGUUAAUGAAAAAUGUACAAAGUCCUGUUAACCUGAACACAGUACGAAUAAACAGGAGGCAAUGUCCUUGUUCAGAAAUCCAA